CCAACCUCUCCCUUACUCACAAACUCCCUGGCUAUCGCUUCCUCUUUCUCUCUUUAAAUACACACACACACACACUCACUUUCUUGCUUGUUCUAACUACCAUGACAACCCACAUUGAUAACCUGUGGGUGUUGGCCUUGGUCUCAAAAUGCACACAAGAGAACAUUGCAUGGUCACUCUUGACCAUCAUGGUCACUCUCUGGCUCUCCAUGACCUUCUUCUGCUGGUCUCAUCCCGGUGGUCCUGCUUGGGGCAAGUACUACUCCUUUCAUUACUGGAAAAAAACAACCACAACCACAACCACAACCUCAAACAACACAAACUCCAACAACCUUAAAAUGAUUCCCGGUCCCAAAGGCUAUCCUUUCAUUGGAAGCAUGAGCCUCAUGACAUCCCUUGCACACCACCGUAUUGCUGCCGCUGCUCAAGCAUGCAAAGCCACCAGGCUCAUGGCCUUCUCCAUGGGUGACACGCGUGUCAUCGUCACGUGCCACCCCCACGUGGCCAAGGAGAUUCUUAACAGCUCCGUCUUCGCCGAUCGUCCCAUAAAGGAAUCAGCCUACAGCCUCAUGUUCAACCGCGCCAUCGGCUUUGCCCCUUACGGCGUUUACUGGCGCACCCUCCGCCGCAUCGCCGCCACGCACCUCUUCUGCCCCAAACAAAUCAAGGCCUCGGAGCUCCAGCGCGCCGAAAUCGCCGCCCAGAUGACCCACUCGUUCCGAAACCGCCGCGGCGGUUUCGGAAUCCGCAGCGUUCUCAAGAGAGCGUCGCUCAACAACAUGAUGUGGUCGGUGUUUGGACAAAGAUAUGACCUUGACGAGACAAACACUUCAGUGGACGAGUUAUCCCGGUUAGUGGAACAAGGCUAUGACUUGUUGGGUACCCUUAAUUGGGGAGACCAUAUCCCUUUUCUGAAAGACUUUGACCUUCAAAAAAUCCGGUUUACCUGCUCCAAACUCGUCCCCCAAGUGAACCGGUUCGUAGGUUCAAUCAUCGCCGACCACCAAACCGACACAACCCAAACCAACCGCGAUUUCGUUCAUGUUUUGCUCUCUCUCCAAGGUCCCGAUAAAUUGUCUCACUCCGACAUGAUUGCUGUCCUCUGGGAAAUGAUAUUUAGGGGGACCGACACGGUGGCGGUUUUGAUUGAGUGGAUUAUGGCAAGGAUGGUGCUUCAUCCGGAGGUACAAAGGAGGGUGCAAGAGGAGCUGGACGCGGUGGUUGGAGGCGGUGCGCGCGCUUUGACGGAGGAGGACGUGGCGGCGACGGCGUAUCUUCUGGCGGUUGUGAAGGAGGUUCUGAGGCUGCACCCUCCAGGCCCGCUUCUCUCGUGGGCCCGCUUGGCCAUCACCGAUACGACCAUUGAUGGGUAUAACGUGCCCGCGGGAACCACCGCCAUGGUUAAUAUGUGGGCCAUAGGAAGGGACCCGGAGGUGUGGCUGGACCCACUUGAUUUCAAGCCCGAGAGGUUCAUGGGCCUGGAGGCGGAGUUUUCUGUUCUCGGGUCGGAUCUGAGGCUGGCUCCAUUCGGGUCGGGUAGAAGAACCUGCCCCGGAAAGACUUUGGGUUUGAGCACCGUGACUUUCUGGGUGGCGAGGCUUUUGCACGAGUUUGAAUGGCUACCAUCUGAUGAGGGGAAGGUUGAUCUAACGGAGGUGCUGAGGCUCUCGUGUGAAAUGGCUAACCCGCUCUAUGUUAAAGUUCGCCCUAGGCGUGGAUUAAGUACUUAAUAAUAAUAAUAAUAAUAAUAAUAAUAAUAAUAAUGUUAAGUAGCAGGUGCAUGGCCCUUUGGAGCCACUAAAUGUUAAGUGAAUCCAUGAAUCAAGGUAGAAAGUUUGAGUUGGCUCUGUCUCUAUAAUAUGGGUCAACGGGUUUUUGUUUUUUUUUUUUUUUCUCUCCUUGUUUUUAUUAAGUUGACAGUCUCAAGUUGUUCGGUAAUCGAAAAAAAUUAGAAAAUAUAUCUAUUUCCACUGUAAAUAUUUGUUCAAAUUAAUACAAGUUUUAAAGUUUGCCUCUA